AUGAAUACCGAAGAACUUCAAACUCUUAUUCUAAAAACGCUCGAUGCAAAAGGGUCGGUUUCAAAUACGCGUGAACUCACCACUUUUGAUGGCAAAGAAGUGGAUCAACUUGCACUUCUUGGUGCAUUAAUGAGCUUAAGUCUACCCGGUGAAGAGAUGGUUCAAUAUGAAUCUAUCGAAGAAGAAAUUUGGGUAUUGACAGAAGAGGGGAAUGAAAUAGCCGAUAAAGGGAGCCAUGAAGCAAAAGUUUUCGAGACAAUUCCUCCUGGAGAAGAAGGGAUAACAAUUUCUGAUUUGCAAAAAUUAUUAGGGGAAUCCGCAAAAAUUGGUCAAGGACAAGCUUUCAAGAAUAAAUGGAUUACCAAAAAUGGUAACAGCCUUGUUCGUGCUGUUGAAUCCGUAGUGGAUCAAGUGAAAAUAGAUCUCAAAACUAUUCGGUCUACUGGCAAACAUUCGGAUCCAAAAGUAUUGGUUGAAUUGAAAAAAAGAAAGCUUUGUGAUAAACAUGGAGAAUGGAAAAAUGAAAAAUUUAAAAAAUAUAAUUUUGAAGCACUUGGAAUAUUACCUGCUGGUGAUCCCGCAAAUUGUACACAAUUUCCUACAGAAUAUCUUGAACGUGUGAAAGAAGUUCAUUCAGUUGGUGGAUACGGAUCUAUUGGUUAUGGUUAUGAUUGGAAAAUUGAAGAAGCUCAGAAAUUAAUUUUAAGGACUCAUACCACAGCAGUUUCAUCUACCAUGUUAUAUAGUCUCGCUCAACAAAAGGAAUUUAAGCCAGUAAAGUAUUUUUCUAUAGAUCGCGUGUUCAGAAAUGAGACAGUAGAUGCCACUCAUUUAGCCGAGUUUCAUCAAGUCGAAGGUGUAAUUGCUGAUAGAGGUCUAACCCUAGGGGAUUUAAUUGGGUUUAUGGACACUUUCUUUAACAAAAUGGGUGUAAAAAAUCUUCGCUUCAAGCCAGCAUACAAUCCAUAUACUGAACCAAGCAUGGAGAUUUUCUCCUAUCAUCCCGGUCUUGGUAAGUGGGUGGAAAUAGGAAAUUCAGGUAUGUUCCGUCCAGAGAUGUUGGAACCAAUGGGUCUUGAUCCAGAAGUACGUGUCAUUGCAUGGGGAUUAAGUUUAGAACGACCUACUAUGAUAAAAUACGGAAUCGAUAAUAUCCGGGAGAACAAUCCAAUUUGUCGUCUAGACAAGCGAAUGGGAAAAGAGGCUGCUCAUUAA